AUGCUCAUUGUACAUUACUUUUAUUAACUUUUAUCAAAGAAAGGUUUUUGCUUCCAAUCGGUUUUCAUUUUUUUCCCUUCUAAGAGUAUCAGCGUUAAAACAAACCUCACAAAAACGGCUUUUCCACGUACAAAUUUGACAGUAAAAUUACUUAUUGGUUCACGCGAUGGUUUUAUCAUCCGUGGAGCGUAUUUGUCUUGGGAAGAUGACUUUGUCAGUCCUAGUUGCACUGUUCCUGGUCUUUCUCGACGUUUACAGAUGCGAUGAAGGAGUCUGCAAGAUUGAUAAGAAGGACGAUUGUAGUGAUGGCAUUUCUCGAGUUAAUUUUAGAUAUGUGCUAUACAACGUCAAUCCAUCCGAAGGGUUCAACUUGAGGCGGGAUGUCUAUAUGAGGCUGGCAAUUUUUUUGAAAAAUCUUAACCAAAACUCCAAGGACUAUUGGUAUUUGGUUUUGCCGCCAUGGAAUCAUUUGUAUCACUGGCGUUCCAAAAUGAUAGGCGAGCAAAAUUUUCUCCCUUGGAGCCAGUUCUUCGACCUAGACAGCAUGCGAAGAUUUGUACCAGUUAUAGAAACCAAAGAGUUCAUGGAUGACGUGCUAGAAGGGGAUGCACUUGAUAGCGUUUAUUACCUUCAGCAUUUCAAGGAUGCAUUUUCAAAAAAUUGGACUUGGGAAGACAAAUGGACAUUUGAAGAAUGCCGAGAACCACACUCCUGGGAAUAUAAAGAAACAGAAGGCGUGAGUGUUGGAACAUUGUGGGGUUACAAAAAUCUUAAAGCAAAAGAAGUUAAAUGUAUAUCUUUUCAAGGUGGUGCAAGCUUAUUAAAAGAAAUUCUUGCAGUUUCCAAGUCUAGAUACUCGGUAUUUCAGCGUAGUGAAAUUAUGCUUCAUGAUAAUUUCGGCGAUAAGACAUACUGGCAAUGUAGGAUGAGUAUGAAAUUUGCUCGCCCUCUUGUUGAUGAAGCUGCAGCAUUCAUGAAAUUAAAUUUUCAAAUGGAUGAUUUAUUUGAUGUUGUUAAAUUAAGAAACCAUGGCAGAAAUCAAGAUAGAACUAAAAUUAAUGCCGGGUCUUACUUGUGUGUGCAUUUGAGAAGAAGGGAUUUCCUCCAUGGAAGAUCUGCUGAGGUGCCAUCAUUGGAAUAUGCUGCAGAACAAAUUCAAGACAAAUUGCAAGAACAGAACCUUACAGUGGUUUUCGUUAGCACAGAUGCUCCUGAUGAUGAGGUACUGAUAUUAAAACAAUUGUUAAAAUCAGUCACUGUUAUUCAAUACAAGGCAGAUGACAAGAAACAAAAAAGGUUCAAAGAUGGUGGAAUUGCCAUAAUAGACCAAAUAAUAUGCAGUUAUGCUAAGUAUUUCAUCGGCACCCAUGAAUCCACGUUUUCAUUCCGCAUACAAGAGGAAAGAGAAAUACUCGGCUUUCCACCUGAGAUGACGUUUAAUAGGCUUUGUGGUGCUGAUAAAACUUGUACAGCCCCGUCGAAGUGGACCAUAGAACUUUGAGUGUUGGUGAACCCAGUCAUUGCAAAUUGUUGAUGAAAAAAUGACAUUCCGACAUAGUAAAUUAUCAUUGACGGAAGCUUUUUAUGUUUAUAUUUUUGUAGGUGAUAAUUAAAAAAAAAAUGUUUUGACUUUGUGGCUAAAAAAAAAAA